UCCUCUCCCACUCUUGCUCUGAGAUGUGAUGUUCUUCCUUCCCACACUGCCACAGAGUGGUGUAUCAAGGCCCCCAGAUUGAGUGUGAUGCUGAUGGAGUUGGCACCGACGAAGAUGUCAUCUACUAUUUCAGAGUGGCUGCUGUGAAUGACGUAGGCAUCGGGCCAUACAGUGUCUCAGUCAGCUAUACCAAGAAGAAAGCGUGUUUCCUGUGGGAUCCUAACCAGCGUCCCCCAAGAGCCCACAUCACCAAUGGAGGCUACACAGUCAGUAUUGGGGAGAACGCCACCUGGGUAAGUGUGGGUGCCAACACCAUCCUUUCCCAUGGCUGCCACUACCGGGAGGUGGUCCUGGAGAAGUACGAAGCACCCCCUCUCUCCAGGAAGGCUGUCAUUGGUGUCGUCGGGUUCCACCAGUGGCACAGGUCACACGGAGUCAUAGGGAUAAAGACGUGUCCCAUUGGGAACCGUUCGUGGGGCCUUGCCUGCGGGACCGCAAAGAAACUCGCUCACGGGUGCACCUUCUUCAACCCCUUCUGUCGCAAACACAACCUGUUCAGGGAGGGAGAUGCUGUGGGAGUCAUGUUGGAUCUCUCCCAACACAUCAUGUCCUUCUACCGCAACGGGAAACUCCUGGGAAUCAUCUUUGAUGAUGUGCACGGUCCAGUUGUUCCCGCCGUGUCUUUCUGUCGCCACAAGGCCCUCACUCUCCGGUUCCCCUCCACCCCUCCCACUAGCCCCGCCCCUCCAGACAUUUCUCGAGCCCCGCCCUCUCCCGGCAUGUCCCUCCGAGCCCUGCAGCGUCGAGAUGUAAUACCGUGGUCCGCCAGACUGCCCGCUCUCUGUCCACUAAUGCCAUUGAGGUGA